AUUGGGUUUAGUGUCAAAUAUGUAAUAUUUGAUACAUUUUGUGUUUCCUCUCAAUUAUCUGAUAUAUUAAUUGUUGUAUUGUUGAAAGUAUUAUUUUUUGUUGUUGAAAAAUAUGGACUAUUGUGAAUUGACCAAAAAAAUAAAAAACAUUAACAUAUUUAAAAUUAACUACAAUGUAAAUACUAUUUCUAAUUUGAUUGGUUAAUUACCCCUGGUCAACAAUACGAAAACUUAACAUAAGUUUAAUUGUAUUAAUAUUAAACACUUUUGGGAUCAAAUUUGAAGAGCUGUUGAAAUAUGACUUACAAUAACUACUGUGGACUCAAACUAGUGGUCAAAUAUGCUAUCAUUGCUAUUAUUGUGUUAAUAUUGGCAUCAAUUUUAAUUACAUCAAAUAUUGAUAAUUAUUAUUUGUGGCCAAAUACCAGACCUAUUAAAUAUCAGGUGAUAAAUGAUGUUCAGUACAGUAGUGUCAAUAUUGGUGAUGACAUCCCUAUUGAUAAUGCCAUCAAAAGAGUCGAUAUUCAACUUAAAGAACUGUUGUUCAGCAAUGAUGGCAAACGUCGACCAAAUUCGAGGCUUAUAUCGGCCGAAGAAAUGUAUAAAAUGACAAACAUUACAAUCGACAAGAAGUCAUGCAGUGAUCAGUUGGGCAGAGAUCUGCUUGUGUUAGUGUUUGUGUUCACACGGGUUGAUGCCUUCAGCCUAAGACAAACCAUACGUCAGACGUGGGCUCUGGACUUGAAACGAGAUAACAGAAGUCAACUAUAUUUUGCUAUCGGUCUCAAUGAAGAUCCAAAAGUACAAGAAAAAGUCAUACAAGAGGACAACCAGUUCAACGAUAUCAUACAAUUUGGAUACUAUGAACACUAUUACAAAUGUACGGUAAAGGCAACGGCAUUGUUACGGUGGACAGCCCUAAGGUGUCCGUACGUUAAAUAUUUUCUCAAAGUGGACGACGACUCCUAUGUUAUGGCAGACAAUCUAAUGAAAUAUUGUGAUGAAAAUGAUGACAAUUCAAUAAUUGGUUUUCUGUGGACCAAUGUAUUUGUCAAAAGGAAUUCACGCGAUAAGUGGUUCAUUAGUUCCGAUGACUACCAGAGCUCUACUUAUCCCGAUUAUAUUAGUGGCCCAUAUUUGAUACCUGGCCGAUAUAUGCUGCCAAUGUAUGAGACAGCAGUUGCACAUUACAUGCCAGCGCUGCCCUUUGAGGACGUUUAUGUGGCCGGACAACUGGCCAAACAUUUGAAUAUAACACGUAAACGAUGGCAAUCUCUUGUAUAUCUGACAGAUCCUAUCAAUGUUAAAAAGAUUGACUUUUGUCAGAUUGAUGUCACCAUAUUUUGGCAACAGUUUAAUAGUGAUUUGAUAUAA